UUCAGGUGGGGAGAGAGAGAGAGAGAGAGAGAGAGAGAGAGAGAGGUGGUUUUAUCAAAACCCACUGAUUCCCACGCACAAAAACCCCUCUUUAUAUCACCCACCAACCCCCACUCUCCUCAUUCCCACGAUUGCUUCUCUCUCUCUCUCUAUAACACACGCACUUUUCUCUGCAACUUCAUGGCAAGUCAGAAAAAUAACUGAAAAUGAAGAGCAGAGAAAGAGACCCAUUAAACAGAAAAGGAAAGAGAGAGGAGCGAUAAACACUUUUUUUUUUUUUUUCCCUUUUCUUCUUUUUUGUUUUAGUUUUGUUUUGAUGUUGGGGGGUUUUUGAUUUAUGGGUACUGUCUGCAUCUGAAGGGCUUGAAUCUUUUGAUGAUAACAAACCAUUUUUGCUGAAAUAGCAGUGAAGUGAAGGACGUAAACAAAAGAGAAAAGCAAAAGCAAGGGGAAAAAAAAAAAAGAACAAAAAUACAAACUUUUUUUGUUGCCUGUCUGAUGCACGUCUGUGCUUUGAUCAUGACUCGUGAGGUUUUGUUUGCAUGUCGAUUCUGAGUCGGUGACUGAUUCUUAAUUUGCUCAGAAGAAAUAAAUAUAUUAGAGCUAAGAAAGUGCGAGAAAAUCGGGGAAAAAGUGUCCCUUGUUUUCUUGGUCUUUCUCACUCUGUUUGGGAUGGAGGUUACAGAGGCAUGGGGUCUCUGGGUUCUGUGAAGAUGAUGCUUCUGGUCAUUAUCUCACCAUCACUUGAUCGAUCGCUCUCUUGUAUAAACGCCAUUAAAAACACGCCUUUCUUCUAGACUGGAGCUGGUGAAGCUGGAAGGUGGCUUUGCUCUUACCCUCCUCCUGUAAUCCAUGGCGAUUACCGAGUAAAAUUAUAGAACUCUUCAGUAGAACUGCUGUGGUUUAUUUGAAUCAAGAGGAAUUAUGCUGAGAAAGAGGUCCAGAGCGUCAACCAGCAAACAAGCUCUAAUGGCGGAUUGCGGUUCUCUACCAUCCCCCACAGACAAAUACAGGAGACCCCCUUCAUCAUCUUUCUUCAGUUCUCCACGGCUCUUCACUGGUUUCUCCUCGAAGGUCUUCUCUGAAACUGAAACAAUGAUGAGCCCAACCUCCAUACUUGACAGCAAACCGUUCUCUGGCUUCCGAAACCCUUUCACGAACACCACGUCCACCAUCAAACCCUCAGAACCCGAACCCAGACGCCACUGGGACAAAUUGGAUUCCAGAAUGAUUGGUCUCGGCAUUGUAGAUGCUCUUACCCAUGACGAAUCCGACCCAAAACUCUCCAAACCAGAAAGCAGAAUGGUUCUCUUUGGAUCACAGCUCAAGAUCCAAAUCCCUCCUCUCCCACCCUCAGUCCUCUCUCCGGCCGAAUCUCCAAAAUCUCCAGCCGAUUUCGGCAUCAAAACUAGGAAUUCUCAACUCGGUCCCUUCUCCCCUUGCUUGUCUCAAUCUCCGGCCAAGAAAUCAGGAUUUGGGUCUGCCAAUACCGGCCUCGAAGCACCCAACUCUCCCCGGAUUUUCACUGGCUGCCUCUCCGCCACCGAAAUGGAGCUUUCUGAAGAUUACACUUGUGUUAUAUCCCAUGGACCCAAUCCCAGAACUACCCAUAUUUUUGACAACUGCAUUGUUGGCUUCUCUGCAUCAAGAAAAGAAAACGAUGUUUUCCCGGAAAGUUUCCUCAACUUUUGCCACUCUUGCAGGAAAAACAUUGGGCAGGGAAAAGACAUUUACAUUUACAGGGGCGAGAAAGCCUUUUGCAGCAGCGAAUGCCGGCAGCGGGAGAUUAUGUUGGAGGAGAGGAUGGAAAUAUUGGAAGGUGGUGAUGUUUAUGGGACUUGUUCCUGAUAGUUAUACCCAUCUCUGGUCCUCUCCAUUGUUUCUAAAAUCAAUCUCGUCCAAGAGAUUUACCAACUUCAUAAGGAUAAAUCCUAUAUCAUCAUUUAGAGUGGGUGGCCAUAUUCGUGGAGACAGAAUUUCCAACGGCACAUACCUACAUAUACAUAUGAAUUAGUGGGGGAAAAAAAAACAAGAUGGUAUUCGAGCAUCCAUCCAUUGAAUCGGUUUCAGUGUUCUUUUUCCCUCAUUUUCCUCCCUUUUUUUUCUUUUUCUUUUUUUAUUCUCUCUCCUUUCUAGUGUUUCUAAUACUCUCUUUUGUAGAAACAGAGGGGCUGAAAGGCUGAGACAUUGUAGAGUUGAUUUUGUUGGAUGAUUGCUGAUGGGUUUGUCCACAGUUUUUGGUUUUGAAAGUUGGUAAUGAUAUCGAUGAUGUUUGAAACUUUGAAUUUAUCUAUUCAAGCCCAUCUCAUAAUUAAGGACCAAAA